AUGACCUUACUGAGUUGUCGCAUUCCUGGAUGCAAAAAAACCUUCAGAAAUAAGUCAGGCCAAACAAAGCAUGUACACUCAGCACACCCCAUGCCUUUGCGCAAUUGUCCAAACUUCCAUCAAACAGCUCCUGUGUCUCGCUCUCCAAGUCCUAACAAUCCUGCCUUUGACAAUCAACAGGACUUUGGUGAUGCACGUCUCCUGGAAGGUACCAAUGAAACAUUCAUGCCACAACAGGGUGUACAGUUGGGGCCUCUAUUCUGGACAUUCCACCCACAUCUCACAGGAUGCAAGUGUGAUGCCCAUGGCAACUUCAUCAACCAGGAUGCCCUCCCACCACUCCAAACUGAAGCAUUACCCACCAACUGGACCCCAUAUGAAACUCGGGUCGCAUUUGAGACAGCGGAAUUCCUCUACACAUGUAACCAAAUGUCUGCAGGGCAGAUUGACACCCUUCUUGACCUCUGGGCAGCCACACUUAUCAAACACAAUGACAGUCCUCCAUUCACUGGCCACCACAACUUAUAUGAAACUAUUGAUUCAACUCCUCUUGGUGCUUUUUCCUGUGGAACCAGACCAGCUGAGGAUGUUCUGCCAUGGAUGACUGCUGAGUAUGAUAUUGAAUAUGUCCUGUAUCAGGACUAUAUGGAUGAUAAUAAAUGCUGUUACAAGAAUUUUCUCUCUGGUGAUUGGGCUUGGAAGCAAGCAGAUCCGGAAACUCACAGAUCAACGUUUGUGCCCUUGAUCAUUGACAGUGACAAGACUACAGUCUCAGUUGCCACAGGACACACUGAAUACCAUCUGCUCUAUCUAUUGAUUGGGAACAUUUUCAAUGGAGUUUGGUGUGUGCAUCGCAAUGGUGUGGUAUUGGUGGGCUUUUUGGCCAUUCCAAAAAGCACAAAGGAACAUUUAGAUGAUAAAGACUUUUGCAAUCUCUGCCGUCAAAUGUUUCACUCCUCACUUGCCAAGAUUUUUGAGCCUGUGAAGUUGAAUAUGAUGGUUCCCGAUGUUGUACACUGUCCUGAUAGCCAUUAUCGGCAUGUUAUCUACAGGUUAGGCCCAUACAUCACCAAUUAUCCUGAGCAGGUGGCUCUUUCUGGAGUAGUCCAAAACUGGUGUCCAAAGUAUGUCUCUUUCACUAUGAAUUUAUUGACUUUCUACCUUCUACCUUUACUCUGGUGCAGACAGCACACUGACCUCCUGGUUCAGGAGCUCCCACACGUCCACCUUUGGCAUGAGUAUGGAAUCAUCCAAGAGGUUGUGCCUUUCAUGAAUGAUUUCCCUCGAGCAGAUAUCCACAAACUUCUCUCUCCAGACAUCCUGCAUCAAAUCAUCAAAGGCACAUUCAAAGAUCACCUUGUCAACUGGGUAGAACAAUACUUGAUAGUGGCAGUAGCUCCUUUUGCAGGUCUAUGGCACUUUCCAGAAGGGUGUGGAUUCAAGCAGUGGACUGGUGAUGGUUCCAAGGCUCUGAUGAAGGUAUAUCUGCCCGCCAUCAGUGGUCAUGUCCCUCAGGAUGUAGUUCGCGCAUUCAGUGCAUUCCUCAACUUCUGCUACAUAGAUGAUCUCACCCAGCUUCAAGAUGCACUUAGUUGCUUUCACCAGUACCAUGAAAUAUUCAAGACCACAGGAGUUGUACACAACUUCUCAUAUCCAUGCCAACACUCCCUCAAACACUACUCCCUCAUGAUACGGCUCUAUGGUGCCCCAAACGGCCUUUGUUUGUCAAUCACAGAGUCCAAGCAUAUCAAGGCAGUUAAAGAGCCCUGGCACUGCUCCAACAGAUACAAAGCAUUAGGCCAGAUGCUUCUCACCAACCAACAUCUCAACAAAAUAGCUUCAGCCUGUAGGUCGUGCAUGUCUAAUGCAUUGCAGGCACUUAGAGAGAGUAAUGGUGAGUUGCAGGACAACAGUGAAGAUGAAGACGAUGAAGAUGCUGAUGACACGCCUCAAGCAUGUCCUGGCCAUUUACGCCUCAAUGAACCACAGAAUCAGACUGCCAAGGGAGACAUGGUGGAUAUUGUUGAUGGACCUACUGUCCAAGCUCAUUGCUGGGUUAUUCACCCAAUGUCACUGCUUAUGCUCAAUCUCAACCUUCCGACCCUCCCCACAAUGAUCCAACAAUUCCUUCACAACCAGCUUCAUACUGGCGAUGAUGAGCCACCUGAAUUUGACCCUGCCAUGGCACCUUCUUACAUGGGCAGGGUCUCUGUCUUUAGUUCAGCAGCAGCAUCAUUCUAUGCCCCCAGUGACCUCAGUGGCACUGGAGGCAUUAUGAAUGAUGAAGUCAAUUGUGACUUGGAUGGGCUUGCUGUUGCAAGAGUAUUGUGUUUUCUCAGCUUCAAGUAUCAGAUGAAAUACUUGCAAUGCACAGUCAUUCACUACCAAGAUCCUGACACUGGGAUAUCUCAUCUUAUUCCCCUCUAUGGUUCCAAUUUCUUACCUUGCACAAUCACUCUUCACAACAGCUACAACAUAUUUCAUGCCUUCUAUGUCAACAAGUAUGCAGAUCACCAUGCAUUUGAGGUAGCAUGA